GUUUAAACAAUUAGGAGCCUUUUCUUAGGGCUUCGAAACACCAGUAUCAUCAUCAAUAGGUUAUCAUACACGUGGUUGGACGCAGAGUCCAAGAGAUGGAGCCUCACAUCGAAGAUGACGUAGAAAUGGAAGCUGCUCAACCAAAAGCGACAGAGCCCCCCUUACCUAUGGGUGGCGAUGUCGGCAUGGUUGGAGCGGAAGCGGAAGUGCUAACCCCACACCCACGGAUGGGAGGUGAGGAGGAAGCUGAGGCACAGAACCGGUCCCCCCCUCCGUCGCAGACCAAUUAUUGGGCGGAAGAAGAGCGGGUUCGGGAAAUGCUUUCCAAGUGCUUCGAUGCGGGACUACUGCCUUCGGGAUGGGACAUAGGAGAGAUGAAGGUGGAAGGGACGAAGGCCCACUUCACUCUAAAUCCGUCACGCGACGAGAUUAAAGUAAAGUGGUUGAAGGAGAGGACAGUUACAGUUAUAUUUCAGGAGGGUUCUAAGAACCUACCAAAGAAGAUGAAGGACGACGUCAUAAGAGCGUAUGAAAACAUCUGGAUGGGGGAAGCGAGAUUUGACCCGACGGUGACAAGAGGGAGAGUGUGCAUCGAAUCGAGCAAUGUCCUAUCCUAUGUGGCAAAGGAUAGGAGAGUGGUGGAGUGGAUGCUGGAAGAAAAGGAAGUGCGGGUGUCCUUGCGUGGAAGAUGGCAUCGCAUCAGCUUCAAGCCAUGGAUGACCAAGAUCGAAAUACAAGAAGCAAAAUGGGAAGCGGCGAUAGACUACUUUUGGAUUCGGAUACUGGAUGUGCCAAUUGACACAUACUGCUACUUGGAGGCGGCGGUGGAGCAGUCGAUAGGGCAGAUGAAGGUUUACGCCUCCGAGCGAGAUGCGAGGACCCCACAAUUAAUCAAUGUCCGAAUUGACAUUGAUGUAGCACACUUGCCGAGAUUUAAGGAGACGAUCUCCUUUGCCUUAUUUCAGGGACAACUCAUGGAAUUGAAAGUGGCGAAUGCACUUACACCUUGGUGUAGUAAGUGUAGACGAUACUUUCACUUAGCGGAUGACUGUACGCGGCAACGUCGGCAGAGAGUUCCAACUCCGUCACGAAGUGACGUCCCAAGUGAAGCUUCAAGCAGCCAUCAUCUGCAAAACUCUCAAGCAGGCUCGAGUCACAACCACGUCACCAAAACCCUCACAGGAAGCCAAGUCAAAGAAGACGCGGUCAAACUCGGGGACCUCUUCUGGAUCCAGGGAACGCUGUACGAAGCAACCGUCAUACAAGGGUGAUUUAGCCCCCCCCGGAGGAGGUACGAAUCCAGCACCCGAAGCUCGGCAGCCACUGGUA